CAGCCCGGCCCUCCCGGAGCUCUGCGUCCUCGAUCUGGUCCUGCAUAAUCAAAUACAGUAUAACAAAGUGCAGAUAACCGGGACAAUGGGGCUGUGUGCUCCGGACCGUGGGAGCCCGGGCCGCGGCAGGGAGGCGGAGGGAGGAAGCCACAGGGCAGGGCAGCGCCGGGCUUUGCAGGGGGCAGCGCUGUCCCAGGGUGAGGAGUACGGGGGCGGGAUUGCAAAACCCUAGCGUGCGCCCGAUGAUCAGCUGGGGCCGCAGGCUUGGGCCUCACACAGGAGGCCGCGGCGAGCUGGAAAAGCCGAGGAUGGGCGGGGGUCCGGGCGGUGGGAGCCAAGUCGGAUCAGGGAGUGGCUUGUAACUCGGCGGCCCAUUGGACACGAAGAAGAGAGCGGAGGUGGGGCUGGGAGGGUUGGGGGUCCGGAGAAGGGGCGCGGACCCAAGACCACCUGGAGCUCCGCCCGGGCUGCGCGGAGUCGCGGCGGGAAUUUUCGGGUCGCCGGGUGACUCAGCCCCGCAGGCUCGAAACUGCGGGCGCGUGAGGUGUGCAGGGACCGGGGUGGGGGUCCCGCGCCGGAAAUAGAGGCUACCGAGGGGCCGCGAGGCGGGGAGGAAAUAGGGGGGCUGCGGUUCCGGGCGACACCGCCCCCGACGCGGCCGUGGAGGCGGGGCUCCCCCAGGUGGCGGGGCGGGGCGGGACUCCCCCAGGUGGCAGGGGCGGGGCGCCGGGGAGACCCCGCCUCCCACGCCCUCUCAGCAGCCCACGCAGGGCGCACCCGGACGCUCCACCGCUCCCGCCGCGGUAGCCGGGCCAUGGGCCUCGAGCCCGCCCCGAACCCCCGCGAGCCCGCCUUGUCUGCGGCGUGACGGGAGGCCCAGUCUGGAGACGCCUGGAGGCCCGGCCAGCUGUCCCUUCCCCAACCGCUGUCUUUGUCCCGGAGACCGCCAGUGUCCUCCGUCCCACCCGGAACAGCCUAUUGCCCCGCCCGCUUGGGAAGCACCCGCGCCCAAAUUCCGCAGACCAACUUCUGGGGCCGCCUCUCUGUCCACUCCGAUCACCUCCACGCCUCGGCACCGCCCCCUCGCAGAGUCCUAGCAAGUGACCUCACUCUUGUCGGCACACGCUCCCGGGUCUCUGCUCCCUACACUGACUCCGGCACCUAAGUGACCCUCCCUCAUCUCUCCCGCAGCUCACACCCCUUUGUCUUGCCCUGACCCUCCUCUCCCUACAACUCAAACCGGGUCACACAUUGGCAGCAGGUGGGCUGGGAUUCGACCAUAGAUGGGUUUUGUUUCACUUCUUCUGGUUCAAAACCCUAUUGACUUGGGUUAUGUCUUGCACACAGGUCUUAUUAGUAGGCAAGAAACAGCAGCUCCUCCACCCCCACUCCAGCCCCAUGGAGCUUGCUUUUUCCAGGCCACCGUGGUCCUCACCACUGCCACUUUGCUCCGAGGCAUCUGAAUUCAAGAUCCUUGUCCUUCCUUGUCCUCUGUAGCUGCCGCCCCUCCCUGUGUCCUUCCAAGAAGCGCCACAUGCACUGAUCUUUUGUGUCCCCAGAUGGUCACCAUGGGCCAGUGCUACUACAACGAGACCAUUGGCUUCUUCUAUAACAACAGUGGCAAGGAGCUCAGCCCUCACUGGCGGCCCAAGGAUGUGGUCGUGGUGGCACUGGGGCUGACCGUCAGUGUACUGGUGCUGCUCACCAAUCUCCUGGUCAUAGCAGCCAUCGCCUCCAACCGCCGCUUCCACCAGCCCAUCUACUACCUGCUAGGCAACCUGGCCGCGGCUGACCUCUUCGCGGGCGUGGCCUACCUCUUCCUCAUGUUCCACACUGGGCCCCGCACAGCCCGACUUUCACUUGAGGGCUGGUUCCUGCGGCAGGGCUUGCUGGACACAAGCCUCACUGCGUCGGUGGCCACACUGCUGGCCAUUGCUGUGGAGCGGCACCGCAGUGUGAUGGCCGUGCAGCUGCAUAGCCGCCUGCCCCGUGGCCGCGUGGUCAUGCUCAUUGUGGGCGUGUGGGUGGCUGCCCUGGGCCUGGGGCUGCUGCCCGCCCACUCCUGGCACUGCCUCUGUGCCCUGGACCGCUGCUCGCGCAUGGCACCCCUGCUCAGCCGCUCCUAUUUGGCUGUCUGGGCUCUGUCGAGCCUGCUUGUCUUCCUUCUCAUGGUGGCCGUCUACACCCGCAUUUUCUUCUAUGUGCGGAGGCGAGUGCAGCGCAUGGCAGAGCACGUCAGCUGCCACCCCCGCUACCGAGAGACCACGCUCAGCCUGGUCAAGACUGUUGUCAUCAUCCUGGGGGCGUUCGUGGUCUGCUGGACACCAGGCCAGGUGGUACUGCUCCUGGAUGGUUUGGGCUGCAAGUCCUGCAAUGUCCUGGCUGUAGAAAAGUACUUCCUACUGUUGGCCGAGGCCAACUCACUGGUCAAUGCCGCCGUGUACUCUUGCCGAGAUGCUGAGAUGCGCCGCACCUUCCGCCGCCUCCUCUGCUGUGCGUGCCUCCGCCGGUCCACCCGCGAGUCUGCCCACUAUACAUCCUCUGCCCAGGGAGGUGCCAGCACUCGCAUCAUGCUUCCCGAGAAUGGCCACCCACUGAUGGACUCCACCCUUUAGCUACCUUGAACUUCAGCGGUAUGCAGCAAGCAACAAAUCCACAGCCCCUGAUGACUUGUGGGUGCUCUUGGCUCAAGCCAACCAGGGGGACUGACUGACUGUCAGGCCAGGGUCUGGCACAGCACAGCACCACUGGCAGCCCUCCCCAGGCACACCACUCUGCCCAGGGAGUGGGGGCUUGGGGUCAUCUCCCACUGCCUGGGGGAGUCAGAUGGGGCACAAGAAUCUGGCUCUUCAGCCAUCUCAGGUUUAGGUGGUUUGUAACAGACAUUUUUCUGUUUUCACUGCGUAUCCUUGGUAAGCCCUGUGGACUGGUUCCUGCUGUGUGACACUGAGGGUUUUAAGGUGGGGAGAGAUGAGGGCUCUCUCGGGCCAUGCUACCCAGUGUGACUGGGUAAUGAGGACAGACUUGUGGACGUCCCAUCCACCUGAGGCUGAUUCUUUAGCAGCAGAGACUGAGGGAUGCAGAGUGUGAGCUGGGAAAGGUUUGUGGCUCCUUGCAGCCUCCAGGGGCGGGCCUGUCUCUGUUAGAAUUGAAGCAGUCCAUUGGGAGGGGAUGAUACAAGGAGUAAACCUUUCUUUUCACU